GUCCGCUGCAGCCGUGACCCGGGCAUACCCUGGGAGGUGUGGCGGGAGAAGCCGAAGUUGGCGCGAGCAGUCUGCAAGGUGGAGGGCUCUGUGGAUUUCCUGCGGCUUCUGCGGAGAAAGCUGGUGGAGACGGACAUCUACCACCACUCUGCUGCUGUUCAGGCAACCGGUCGGCAGCGCAAGUGGCAGAAUGCAGUGUAUCUGCUUCGCAGUAUUCCGGAAUUCACCCUUCAGCCCAGUCCGGUUAGCUACAGCAAUGGCCUCAACUCUUGCUCAGAGCGGUGGGCCUUGGCGCUGGGCCUCUUACGGACGAUGCAAGGUCGCUUCAUGGAGGCUGAUGCUUUCAUCUAUGGAGCUGCCAGCAAUGCUUGUGAGAAAUGUGGUGCUUGGCAGACAGCCCUGGGCUUCGCGCUGCAGAUGUCGGAGAAGCGGAUCCUUCCCAACAUUGUCACUUCUAGCAGUGCGUUGUGUGCAUGCAGAGAAGGACAUCAAUGGCUUCUUGCCGUUGACCUGCUCGGAAACCUACGGCGUCUGGGCAUCGCGCUGGAUGUGGUUGCUCAUGGCAGUGCGGUCGGGGCAUGCCAGGCAGCAUGGGAACAGGCGUUCCUGCUCCGUCCUGAGUCUCUGGGCGAAGCGCGGCUGGCAUCGAACAUCAUCAGCUACAGUGCAUUGCUCCAGUCAUGCAGUGAAUCUUCGGAAUGGUCCCAAAGCCUAAACAUCCUCCGAUCCCUGAAGACCACUGCGACUCGACAUGACACGGUGGCUUUAACUUCUGUUAUCAGCGCCUGUGAAACCGAAGGAAGAUGGAAGCAAGCAUUCCAGGUUUCUUGCGGCAUAGCACAGGGGGGGCUCCAACGAGACCUCCUGAGCCUUGCGGCAACAUGCGCUUCAAUCCCGUCUCAUUGGGCGAAGGCCCUGAUGCUCCACAGUGACUGGCAUGCGGAUGAUCCGGACCAAGCUCUGCUGUUCAGUGUGCUCAAAGUUUGCAAGCGGCCUGGCCAGUGGCAGGUGGCUCUGGGAUUUUGGGCGAAGGCGCGAAAGAAGGCUCUGGCACUCACGAACCUUGUCAUCGGCUCCUGUGAGGCUCGUGGCCAGUGGCAAGUAGCUUGCUGCUUCUUGGAUUGGAUCUUGGAUGAGGACAAACAGAGCCUGGACAUCGUGACUUGCACGAGCAUCCUAAGCGUUUGCGAAGUCAGGGGCCGCUGGAAGCAGGUUCUGCGGACAUUGGAGCUCAUGCCAAAGGUCCGUGUUGUGGCAAACCAGAUCAGCUGGAACGCGGCGAUCAGCAGCGCCGAGAAGUGCAGUCGCUGGGCAUUGGCGAUCGAAUUCCUGACUCGCAUGCUUUGCGAACGGGUGGCUCCUGAUUGCAUCAGCUGCAGUAGCACCAUCAGUGCCUGUCAGAAAAGCUCGGCUUGGGCCCGGGCUAUAGAGAUUCUCUUCUCUAUGCACGGGCUUUCCGAAGAGCCUGACAGCAUUUGCUGGAGCAGCGUGCUCUUGGCAUGUGCUGAAGGAGCUGCUUGGACAGUUGCCCUGGACCUCUUGGUCUCGAUGCAGGACGUGCGCGUGCAUGAUCUUCUCAGUCUUUGCAAUGGAGCAACCGCUUGUCUGCAAGUCCAUCAGCACUCUUCAGUUUGCCGGCUUCUGGCGACGACGUCGCAGAUAUGCCAUCGGCAACUCGUUGACACAAGACUCGUCAGAUUGUGA